AUGGUCUCGCCCAAGUCGUUCUUACUGCAGAAACUAAGUGCACGAUAUGAUGGUGGUGUUGAUGCAACCAUUGGAUCAAUUGCUAAAGAUAAGAAAGGAUCGAUCUCAAGUCAAAAGAAGGUGAAAAAGAGUAGAGAAAUGUCCAAUCUUUACUGGAUCUUGAGUCUUAUGAAGGAGGAGAAAUUACCACUUACUGUAGGUAUGACGGGCAUGACUAUUGCGUCGGCUAUGAACUUGGUAUUUCCACGUAUUAUGGGAAAAGCUAUUGAUGUUGCAUCAGGUAAACCAGCACCUGGUGGUUUAAGUCGUAAGGGUUUUGUGGUCAUCGUGCUUGCUACGUUCAUUACGGGAUCCGUGGGCUCCUUCAUGCGUACGUACUCACUUGGUAUGGUAGCUGAGCGCAUUGCAGCGAAACUACGACGCAGAUUGUACAAGGUCUUGUUAUCGCAGGAGAUAGACUUUUAUAAUAAUCGCAAGGUGGGAGAACUAGUGACGAGAUUCAGUAGCGACUGUCAGCAAACAGCUGAUGCCGUCGUGGACGUGCUCUCCAAUAGCUACAGGUCGUUAAACUCCGCAAUUGGCGCAUCUUGCAUGCUUUUGAUGAUUUCUCCAAAGUUGACACUAGUGUCGUUGACGAUCUUGCCGUUGGUAGGCACGGGCACGAUGUUUUUCAGUAGAUUUUCGAGUCGUCUAGCCAGAACGCAUCAAGAUUCAGUCGCGGAUAUGACAGGGGUAGUGGAGGAAAGACUGAAUCAUAUUAUCACAGUCAAGUUGUUUUCGGCAGAGCAGGAUGAAUUGCACCAUUUUGAAAAGAUUAACAAGGGCAUCUUAGCAAAUGCCAAGCGUGCCAAGCGUGCCCGUGGUAUGUUCAUGGGUGGGCUUUCAAUUUCAAUCAAUUGCUCGUUAUUUUCGGUACUGUACUUUGGUGGGUCCCUGGUAGGGUCGGGUGAACUUACCAUUGGAACUCUCACGUCAUUUGCUCUGUAUAGUGGAUUCAUGGGUCUUGGGUUUUCGGGUAUAUCGUCGUGUCUGAGCGAGAUGAAGAAAACGCGGAUGUCGUCGGAGGCUCUAUUCAGCUUGCUGUCGAUUCCGCCUGCUACUCAUGGAGAGAAUACAUUAGCCAGUGUUAAGGGCCGUGUGAGCUUCAAGAACGUGUCCUUCGCAUAUCCGUCGCGUCCGAAUAUUUUGGUGUUGAACCGGUUGAACAUGGAGAUCACCCCUGGUGAAGUGGUGGCUAUUGUUGGUAAGAGCGGAGCGGGAAAAACUACGAUUGUAUCGCUCAUGUUAAAGAUCAUCAAGCCCACAAGCGGUACGGUAACUCUGGAUGGUGUAGACAUUGCCACGUUAAAGGCUUCGUGGCUGCGCAAGAUGAUUGGGGUUGUCAAUCAGGAACCGUCACUUUUUGCGUCUACUAUUGCUGAAAACAUCAUGUAUGGUGCUGAGGUAUGCAACAAAGAGCAGCUUGUUGCUGCUGCCAAGGAUGCGCACGCGCACGAAUUCAUUAUGGAGCUACCAAAUCAGUACGACACAUUCGUUGGUGAAAAGGGUGUUGAGCUAUCCGGCGGCCAGAAGCAGCGCAUUGCUAUUGCCCGCGCGCUAUACAAGCACACAAAAAUCCUGCUUUUUGACGAGGCUACGAGCUCAUUAGAUGGUCGCAGCGAGGACUUGAUCCGGCGUGCGCUAGAGUCAGCAGCGGCAAAGCGGGCGGUUUUUGUUAUUGCACACCGAUUAAACACGGUGAAGCAUGCCAGCCGCAUCAUUCUGCUGGAGGAGGGCGUUAUCGCCGAAACUGGCACUUUUGAGGAGCUGAAUCAGGAAGGCACUAAAUUCUACAACCUAGCUCACAACCAAGCUCCUUUGGGUUAA